AUGAGAAGAACGUUGAGUGUUACCUUUGGCGAGAAUUACAUCUCUGAACUUGCGCUUGAUGAUUCUUCCUCCUUAAAAAACGAGCUGUACUGGUCCAAAGAUGAGAUGAGAGAGAUCCGUCAGGAUGUGAAACUCCUCGUGGAGACGCAGGGAUGUGCGCGAGGACUUGAAUUCAUGGAUUGUUGCCCCAACCACAGCAAGACCCGACGAGUACAUCAUGUCAAGACUGUCCUGGCCCUCCAGGAGGAGCACCGUGAUCAUGAUUUGAAGGAUGAGAAGGGCCUUCAACGGCUUGCAAGUGCCCUGAGCAAGCCCAACAAGGAGGAAGCACAGUACCGGGCUUCCUUGGACUCUGCGGACGCGUUUACGCUUCACGUAGAGCAAAAACUUACCCGAUCUUUGUCGUUCUUGAGCGCCAAAGACGUGGAGGAGUAUUCAAAGCCCACCAAAUCCUCCCUUCGCGCAAACUUGAAACGAGCGUCCACCAUGCCGUCGACACGGGCCGAUGGCGUAAAAUUCUGCAGCAAGUGA